AAUAAAAAUAAUGUCUUUGAAUUCAGGUGAAUAAUAGGAUUUAGAUGAGUCUUGUGAAUCUCCUUUUUCAUAAUCACCAAAAUCGAAAAGAAUUAAGAAGUUAGAAUCAAUUUCACCUAAAAAGAAUGUUGGUCAUUGGACAAAGGAAGAACAUGAAAAAUAUUUGUACUUCUUAGAAGAGCACUCAGACAUAAAGAAAAAUAAUAAAAUCUUUAAAUCAAUGAGUGAAGUUAUUGGAACGAGAUCACCAAGUUAAUGCAGGUAUUUUCCUUAUAUUUAGAAGAUCACAUCACUAAAAAUUUAACCCUUUAUCUCCAAUAGUCCAGAAGAAGAACCAAAAAGCAUAAAAACAAACUAUGUCAACAUAAUAAGAUGAUUUAAACUAGUAAAUAGAGGAAGAAUCUCUUAAUCGAAAUAUGGUUUAACUUAUGAUUUUUGAUGAAGAUGAUUAAGUCUGUUAACUUCCAUAAUUUAAUUUAGAUGAUUUCUUUUGAAUUUAUUCAUGCAAAACACAAGCA